AUAAUCCCACAGAGCUUCACCAAUUCAACAUCUGCUGCCACUGCUGCCGCAAUGUCUAUCCACCAACUCUCUCGCCUGCUCCCACUGCCAGACGAUGAGCUGCAGCAGGUUCUCGACUAUGCCGCAACCCUCUCCAAGCCCGAAGCCGUAACGCACUUUAGCAAUCUGCUGGGCGACUCGCCUCCCGUAAUCGACUUUAUAUCUACAUUCAACGCUCGCCGAAAAGACCCUACACUCCCUCAGCCUGCCGCUGCCCCGGCCCCUUCAGCUUCAUCUUCUUCUAAAACUCAGUCCAAAGCGCAAAAACCAGCCGCUGCCGAAAGAAUAGAGGCGGUGCCGAGACCUACAAGGCAGGCUAAGAAGAAGAAAGCACCGCUGCAUGCACUUGAAGCUCGAAAGCUUGACGAUUAUGCCGGCCCGGCUGGAAAGGCAUAUAACAAAAGGGACUCCGAUCUGGAAUACAUAUCCCAGCGAUCCAGUGCUCCCAAUAGCAACCAACCAUCAAGAGGAAAUUCACCGCCAAGACCUUCUAUCAAAGAGCCUACCCCAGCGAAGACGCAGCCUGCCAAGGUCGAAGCGCCGGCACCGAAGCAGAGUACUUCUGCAGCAAGUGGUUACCUCAUAUCCGAUGGCCCGCCUAAGAAAUCAAAACCCAAAUCUACACCUGUGUCCCGCACAUCUACACCAAAGCCAGCAAGCAGCGGAAAUGUUACAAAAGUUUCAAUAUCAGGAGGCGUACCAAUGGCAGGUCAAUCUACAGCGCUGGCCGAUCUAGAUGCUGCGAUUCGGUCUCUGGAGAUUACGACUAAUCCAACGCUGGAGAAGGAUGCGAAAUCGAGAAGAUGCAACUGCGUAGCAACGAGGCACCCUAUUCAAGCUGCCGCACCAAACUGUCUCUCCUGUGGAAAAGUUAUCUGCCUAAAGGAAGGGUUGGGCCCUUGUACCUUUUGCGGGACGCCGUUACUAAGUUCCGAUGAGAUUCAGGCCAUGGUCAGAGAACUUAAAGACGAACGUGGUAGAGAGAAGAUGGCGGCCAAUGCGGCAGCUCAUCGCAGAGCAGAUGUGGCCAAGACACCUGCGCCAUUCACGCCUCCUCGGGGUUUGGACGGCGACGCUCCCUCAUUAUCUGACGCAGCGGCCAAGGCACGGGAGCAUAGAGAUAAGCUGCUCAAUUUCCAGGCACAAAAUGCAAAGCGGACGACUGUGAGAGAUGAGGCAUCGGACUUUGACGUAUCAGGUGCAAUGAGUGGAACGGGUAGCAUGUGGGCGACGCCCGAAGAGCGCGCAAAGGAACUGAAAAGACAGCAGAAAAUCAUGCGUGAGAUGGAAUGGAACGCACGGCCCGAAUACGAGAAGCGACAGCAGGUAAUCAGCAUUGACCUCGCUGGUCGUAGAGUUGUGAAGACAGUUGCGCCAAUCGAACGGCCAGUAACCCCAGAAGAAGACGAGGAGCCUGAAGACAUUGACACGAGAGCUCUUCAAGAGACAUCUGGAAACAAGAAUGCUGGCGGAGCAUUCAGCACAAAUCCACUCCUCGGAGCAGCCAUGCGGCCUGUUUACGACGCCAAGGGGAAAGCGAGUGAGGCAGAAGGACGAGGCAGCCGCAGUAAGGGGUGGAGGAGGGUUCAGGAUGAUCUGGACGAUAACGAGGGCGUCAUUCUAGAUGGCGGGGCAUAUGGAUCACAUGGUGUUGGCGGAGAUGAGCCUGCAUGUGGAUGAUUGAUGCGGUACUGAUAGAGGAACAAUAAUAAGAGCUUGAUUUAGGAAGUAAUCAGCACGUAUCAGUUGGGUAGUUCUCGACAGAAGAUGCCUGAGCUGGAGCCUACACUCGCUUGUUUGGCCCCGGCAGCAUGUAAUACAUCACGCAGCAAGGAGCAUCUAAAGAUUGCUUGACAGAUCACGCACCAAGAACCCUUACCC